CAGAAUCACUGCCACUCUGUCGAGAAUAUAUGCGUGAGGGUCGUGAGUUCCGAGACCCCCACCUUCGCUCUUGCCAUGGCUUCCCCUCCCCAGCCCGCGGUCAAUGCUUCCGAGGAGCCCAAAGUCGAAGAUGUCCAGAAGAAGUUGGAUCGCGCCCUAGCAAAUGGGGAGACGCUGUUAUCCAUCGUAGAGGCGCUCACGGAGGGUGUCGUCGUUUGCGACCCUGUGAAAGGAUCUGUAAAGGUUGCAAGGGAGAUACUCAAGAUGGUACAGAAAGUCCGCAAGAAUCGAGAGGAUUGCGAAGAGUUGGCCAGCCGUGUCUUCAAGCUCACCGGCACUAUGCUUAGGAUCCUCGACGGGAAGCGGAGCGAGGACGUGCCUCCGGAGCUGAAGAGGUGUCUAGACUCCGUUCACAAUACAUUGGAGAAGAUCAAGAAUGGCCUAGAACCGCUCAAACUGUCGAGAAAAUUCUCGUUCAGGGCAUGGUUUCGGUCUCUACGCAGGAGGGAGUAUAUAGCGGACAAGAUUUCGGGCUAUAACACCGAGAUUGAUCGACGCCUCCAAGAAUUUACGACUGUCGUCGUCAGCCAUAUCAAUUUGACGUUGCACUCCGCUUUCGGAGACGUGAACUCCCGAUUGGACCAUUUUUACUCGAAGGCGACGGAAACCAGCUCAGGCGUGAACAAUAUCCAGGCCAACCUGACCGAGGUGUACUCGGUGGUGAUUGGAAUCCACUCUCUGAUACGAGCACGGCUCCCUGAUACAACGGAGGGUCCGCGGGGAGCGCAGGCCAACGCACCUGAGGCCGCAAGCCUUCAAUACGUCCCUGCCCCUCCUCGCCUGUACGGACGAGAUAUCGUCGUGAGGGCUGCAGCCGGCGAAAUAUGUGACGCUCAACAACGGCACAUAGCCCUCUUGGGUACCGGAGGGAUCGGCAAGACAUCGGUCGCGCUUGGCGUCGUCGAUGAUUUAGGUGUCAAAGGCCAGAAUGACUGCUACUUCGUCCGCUGCGACACGGUGAUAUCUGACCUAACCCUGGUCGCAAGUAUCCUCCAGGCCAUGGGAAAGAGCUCGUCGGAUAACGGUGAUCCCAUGAAAAAUCUUAAGACGUGUCUGGAGGCGGCGAGCCGUCCCAUUGUACUCGUGCUGGAUAACUUCGAGAGUCCCUGGUCACUGGAUACACCCAAUAUCCAGCCGAGACUCACGGAAGUCCUCCGAACAUUGGCUGCCAUCCCUAAACUUCAAUUGAUCGUGACCAUGCGAGGCAAUGCCCCACCUGCUGACGGAGACGUCCCGUGGUCAGUCAUGCACCUCGACCCUUUGGGGCAUAUUCCAGCGCGCGAGCUCUUCCUGUCCAUAAAACCCGAUACAUCGCCGUCCGAGUUCAAGGAUCUCGACCUGCUGCUCCAGAAAUGCGACGGUCUACCCCUCGCCAUCAAACUGCUGGCUCUACUCAAAUCAUCCUCGACCUGCGGCCGCCUGCUGAAGCACUGGGAAAAACAAAAGACCUCGCUAUUGAAGACGAAUCACCCCUCUGAAUCCCGCGAAACCAGCAUGCGUGUCUCUAUAUCAAUGUCGCUGCAGUCCGCACCAAUGCGCCGCCAUCCGGAUGCGAUCCCGUUGCUUGCCGUCAUCUGUCGCUUACCCGACGGUAUCCUUGGGGGGGUCGAGCAGCUUGAGGAGAUGGAUCUGGGUUUCGACGAUGUUGACGAAGCUUUGGCCACCGUCCUUGGAUCUGGUCUCGCCUUCAGGGCUGAAAACGAG